GCUUGCGCUGGUCGUGGGCGGCUUCGACGGCGUGGCAAGUCUAGACAGCACCGAGCUCCUCGACCUCGAGAAGAUGGAAUUCACGCCCGGACCUCGCAUGGGCACCAAGCGGAACGCAUGUGCUGCAGUGAUGAUAGAUGAGCAGCGGCUUCUCGUAUUGGGGGGCUCGGACGACUUCAGUGAGCUGGACACCGCCGAGGUGCUCGACCUCCCCUCGAUGACAUUUGCACCUGGUCCACGCAUGGGCACGCGCCGGAAUGCCUGCGCAGCCUCUCGGCUGGACGAGCACAGGCUGAUAGUGCUUGGAGGCUCGGACGGCACCGGCGACCUGGACACCACCGAGAUACUCGACGUCAGGACCAUGGAGUUCACGCCCGGGCCGUCCACGUGCACGCGGCGCAACUUCUGCGCCGUGGCCAUGCUCGAGCGCCAGCGGCUGCUCGUUUUCGGCGGCUCGGACGGCUCCAGCUCGCUGGACACCACCGAGAUCCUCGACCUGGCGACGAUGCAGUUCGCGCGGGGCCCACGCAUGCGCUCCUGGCGCAGCGGCUGCUCGGCGGCGCUGCUCGACUCGGGGCACCUGCUCGUGCUCGGUGGCUUCGACGGCUCUCGCCACCUGGACACCACCGAGGUCCUGGACCUGGCCACGCUCACGUUCUCGCCAGG